AUGGUCAAGUCCUCACUCAUUGUCGCUUCUCUUGCUACUGCUGGCUCUGUGGUCAUGGCUCAAUCAGCCACUCCUACUACUGCUAACGGCGCCACUCUUCCCACUGCUAUGCCAAGCAACCUCUCUGGUGUUCCCAGUGGUGUUGCUGAUGCUGUAAGCAGUUUGCUCAAGAAUCCUGCUGGCAUUAACUCGUAUAUCUCUGCUGCCUCUCAACAAGUCAGUCAAUUGCCUUCUCAAUACCAAGCUUCAGCUUACUCUGCAUUAUCAGCUGCUAGCAAAUCUGUAGCAGCUAUUCAGCCUACCAAAUCUACUGGCGCCACUUCUGCUGCAGGCUCUAAUGCUGCGCCGGUUUCAUUUGCUGUAGGCGCACUUGCUCUCAUUGCUGUUUUUGCAUCUCUUUUGUAA